AAAAAGAAUAGAAUUAGAGCCCGAGGCAGAAACUGAAAUUUACCCUUCUCUUCUCUUCUCCAAAAUCAAUUCUCCGGCGUACCAGCGAGAAACUUCGAGAAGAGAAACGGCGAGAAUGGCUUCAUCGUCGAGCAGCGGCUUGACAUUUAAGCUCCAUCCGUUAGUGAUGCUCAACAUAUCGGAUCACUACACACGUGUCAAGUCACAGUCCCAACCUCCCCCUUCUUCGCACUCCUGCUCCAACGGUUCCGGUUCUGGUGCCGAUUCCCCUUCCGCUUCCGCGCCGCCUAGGGUUUUUGGUUGUGUCAUCGGCGUACAGAGUGGCCGUACUGUCGAGAUCUUCAACAGCUUCGAACUUCUUUAUGAUCCCUCUACUCACUCCCUCGACCGCGCUUUCCUCGAAAAGAAGCAAGAGCUCUAUAAGAAAGUUUUCCCUAACUUUUAUGUACUGGGAUGGUAUUCAACGGGGAGUGAUGCACAAGAAUCUGAUAUGCAGAUUCACAAAGCUCUGAUGGAUAUCAAUGAAAGUCCUGUGUACGUGCUUCUCAAUCCUUCCAUCAAUCAUGCUCAAAAGGACCUGCCAGUCACUAUCUAUGAAAGCGAGUUGCAUGUCAUUGAUGGCAUCCCACAGCUUAUUUUUGUCCAAGCAAGCUACCACAUAGAGACUGUUGAAGCAGAAAGGAUUUCUGUUGAUCAUGUUGCUCAUCUUAAACCAUCUGACGGAGGUUCUGCUGCUACUCAGCUGGCUGCCCACCUUACUGGCAUACAUAGUGCCAUUAAGAUGCUGAAUAGCAGAAUCAAAGUGCUACAUCACUAUCUGCUUGCUAUGCAAAAAGGUGAUAUCCCUUGUGAGAAUUCACUUCUAAGGCAGGUGUCUAGUCUCUUAAGAAGAUUACCAGCUAUCGACUCAGAGAAAUUUAAAGAUGAUUUCUUGAUGGAGUAUAAUGACACAUUAUUAGUUAGUUAUCUCGCCAUGUUCACCAACUGCUCAAGCACAAUGAACGAGCUUGUUGACAAAUUCAACACUGCAUAUGACAGGCAUAGCAGGAGGGGUGGGCGAACUGCUUUUAUUUGAAAAGUUUAUAUAUUGCGAAGAUUGCCUUUUUGCUCUUAUCGAGUUUCCUCUGUAGCAGUAGCUACACAGCUACAUGUUUUGCGAGUUUAGGGAUCACAUGUUUGGGAUAUAGGAAUCAAAGUAGUGAGUUUGCUUUUCUUUUGCCUUUCUUCAUUCUUAGUUGCCCUUAUAUUAUAACUUGAUUCUUAUGGCACCAUUAUAUACGUGGGAGAAAGUGGUAGAGGAUUUUGGCUUCAAAAGCUUUUAA